AUGUGUCAAGUUCUUGAAUCAAGAAGAGGUUUCGUGGUGGCCUGGAUUGGAACUUUUGUAGCUGCUAUGCUGCUCAUUUGCCCAUCAGAGGGGUUGAAUGCUGAGGGGAUGUACCUUCUGGAUUUUAAGAAGUCCAUUGUGGAUGAGUUUCGGUAUCUUGCAAAUUGGAAUGCUGGGGAUCAGACACCCUGUGGUUGGACUGGUGUGAAUUGUACGUCAGAUAAUGAUCCUGUUGUGUGGUCUCUUGAUUUGAAAUCAUGCAACCUGUCUGGGACCAUAAGCCCGAGUAUUUUGGAAGGGCCAAUUCCAGCAGAAAUUGGUAAUCUUUCUUCCUUGGUGUAUUUCAAUCUUUGCAACAACAAAAUAUCUGGAUCCAUUCCCGAUGAAUUUGGGAAACUUUCUUCACUAGUUGAAUUUGUUGCAUACACAAAUAAUAUCACUGGCUCCUUGCCUCAGUCUAUUGGUAAUAUGAAAAACUUGAGUACCUUUCGAGUGGGGCAGAAUGCAAUUUCAGGAAGCUUACCUGCAACAAUAGGGGGCUGCCAGAGCUUGAAAUUACUUGGUCUUGCCCAGAAUCGUUUGAGUGGUAGUUUACCAAAGGAGCUUGGCAUGCUUGGGCAAUUGACAGACAUAAUUCUCUGGGAUAACCAGUUAAGUGGUUCAAUACCAAAGGAGAUUGGAAAUUGUACAAAUCUUGAAACUCUUGCUCUGUAUCAGAACAAUCUUGUUGGAGAAAUUCCUGUUGAAUUGGGGAACCUUAAGUGGAUGAGGAAACUGUAUAUUUACCGGAAUGCUUUGAAUGGUACAAUUCCAAGAGAGCUUGGCAAUCUUUCUUUGGCACUAGAAAUCGACUUCUCUGAAAACUUUUUGACAGGUGAAAUUCCAGUUGAGUUGAGUCAAAUUGAGGGUCUACAAUUACUCUACCUCUUCCAGAACCAACUCACAGGUGUCAUACCAAAUGAGCUCAGUGGCUUGAAGAACUUGACAAAGCUUGAUCUAUCAAUCAAUUUCCUUACAGGCCCUAUUCCUUUUGGGUUUCAGUAUCAAAAGUCGCUGAUCAUGCUACAACUAUUCACAAAUUCUUUGAGUGGUGUCAUCCCUCAACAGCUUGGGUCAUAUAGUCCACUUUGGGUGGUUGAUCUUUCAGACAACCACUUGACAGGAAGAAUUCCUCCGUAUCUUUGUCGGCACUCCAAUUUGAUUUUGCUGAAUCUUCAGUUGAAUGGACUGUACGGGGGCAUUCCAUCUGAUGUGACUAAUUGCAUUUCUCUGAUACAACUUCGUCUUGAUAGUAACAGGCUGACGGGGACGUUUCCUUCGGACUUGUGCAAACUGGUAAAUCUCUCUGCAGUUGAAUUGGGUCAGAACAUGUUCAGUGGUCCUAUUCCUCCGCAGAUUGGAGACUGCCAGAAGUUGCAGAGGCUUGAUAUCUCUCACAAUAAUUUCACAUCUCAAUUGCCAAGUGAGAUUGGAAAUCUUUCUGAGCUUGUGACUUUCAAUGUCUCUUCUAAUUCUCUCACUGGAGGGAUACCUCCAGAAAUUGGCAACUGUAAGUCAUUGCAACGGCUUGACCUCAGCUGGAAUGAUUUUACUGGUGUUGUACCUGUUGAGCUUGGAAGCCUCUCACAGCUUGAACUUCUAAUUCUUUCCCAGAAUAAGCUUUCUGGAAGCAUACCAGUUGCAUUUGGCAAUUUAUCUCAUUUGACUGAGUUGCAGAUGGGUGGAAAUCAAUUAUCAGGUGAAAUACCGAUGGAGUUGGGUAUGCUAACAGGAUUGCAGAUUGCUCUGAAUCUUAGUUACAAUAACCUCUCGGGUCCCAUACCUCCCCAACUUGGGAAUCUUAUCUUAUUGGAAUACCUCUAUCUAAAUGAGAAUCAUCUAACUGGCGAAAUUCCGAGUACAUUUGGAAAUCUUUCAAGUCUUCUUGGUUGCAAUUUCUCAUAUAAUGAUCUCUCUGGUCCAUUACCAGCUGUGCCAUUGUUCCUUAACAUGAAUACCAGCAGCUUCAUUGGAAACAAAGGCCUCUGCGGGAAGAUUGUCACAAUUGUUGCUGCUGUCAUUGGUGGAAUCUCUCUUAUUUUAAUUGUGGUUAUUCUGUACUUCAUGAAACAGCGCCCAGAGGAGAUCACAUUGCAAGAUAAGGAUACAUCCUCUCCUUCUUCAGAUAUAUAUUUCCCUCCAAAAGAAGGAUUUACUUUCCAAGACCUGGUAGAGGCUACUAACAACUUUCAUGAUAGUUAUGUUGUGGGAAGGGGAGCUGUUGGUACAGUUUACAAGGCAGUUAUGAAAUCUGGACAAACUAUUGCUGUUAAGAAGCUUGCAUCUAAUAGAGAAGGUAAUAGUAUCGAGAACAGUUUCCAGGCCGAAAUUCUAACUCUAGGAAAAAUUAGACACCGUAACAUUGUGAAGUUAUUUGGAUUUUGUUAUCAUCAAGGUUCCAAUCUGCUCCUUUAUGAGUACAUGGAAAGGGGCAGCCUGGGUGAAUUGCUUCAUGGAUCAUCUUGUUGCUUGGAUUGGCCUACACGGUUUACUAUUUCACUUGGUGCUGCUCAAGGUCUUUCAUAUUUGCAUCAUGAUUGCAAACCUAGGAUUAUACACCGUGACAUAAAAUCCAAUAAUAUCCUACUUGAUGAGAAGUUUGAGGCUCACGUUGGUGAUUUUGGUUUAGCAAAAGUGAUUGAUAUGCCACAAUCCAAGUCUGUUUCUGCGGUUGCUGGAUCAUAUGGUUAUAUUGCUCCAGAGUAUGCAUACACAAUGAAGGUGACGGAAAAAUGUGACAUUUACAGUUUUGGGGUAGUGUUGUUGGAGUUGUUAACUGGAAGAACUCCUGUACAGCCAUUAGAUUAUGGUGGUGAUCUUGUAUCAUGGGUCAGGAAUUAUAUUCGAAACAACUCGUUGUCAUCUGGGAUACUUGAUAGCCGGUUAGACCUGAAAGAUGAAAGUACUGUAAACCAUAUGAUCACUGUACUGAAAAUUGCUUUGAUCUGCACAAGUAUGUCUCCAUCAGAGCGGCCAUCAAUGCGGGAGGUCGUUCUAAUGCUUAUUGAGUCUAAUGAACAAGAAGGGCACCUCGUUUCUUCUCCAGAGUAUGAUUAUUCUGUGAAAGAUGACAACUUAUGA